UGAUCGUUUAAAGUAUGUUAUAUAGUUACAUUUUUGGUCAAAUAUUUCAGCCUAUACCGAUAAUAUUCACUUUGUUUAAGGCAAUAAAUUAUUGAGUAAUAUUGUGGUACUCAGAUAGUGAACAGUUGAGCUGCGCAGAGAGUUCAAUUCAGUCGAAGCUUGAGCGAGGUGAAGACAGUCGCGGCGAGACCCUGUUCGUGCUUUGAAUAUGCCCAAUUUUAUAUACUGUUGCAUACCAAAACCGUCGGGUCGAUGGUGAAAAGAAAGAAGACAUCAUCUGCUGUCGAAGAGCAUGAAAAUGGGAUGACAGUUGGGCUGAGAGACGGCAUCGGUGUCGAUGGCCCGAAUAAUUCGGGCAGAAAGCUUGAAGGUUGUGACGAGGAGGAGAGCGGAGAUCAGGGGAGCGAGGAGCGUAGUACAAAGAGAGACGAAGUGGAAAUUCUUAAUCCUUCAACUACGGGCUGCUCCAGUUCAGCACCGGUUAUUACCACCUCCGUAUCGAACCCAUCUGGACCUUGCUUGAGCCAACAGCCCCCGUCCUCGACAACACCCACCCCACCGAGUCACGACCAGCAUCAUUUUUUGAGAUCCAGCGUUCGACCCCCGAGCAAACGAAUCCGGAAGGAUUCCAUCGCCCCAACUAUCAAUGGUCAUAGCGGGGCAAAAUCGAAAGGGUCAGAGAAUGGUCCCUCUCAUCAAGUGUCGGCUGGUCAGUCCGGCUCCACGUCAGGCUCUAUGGGGCCCUCGGGUAAGGCGGCCCCUAGAGGCCAAGGGCCCGGGGUCAAGGAGGAGCCUGUGGGCAGCCAAAAGAGACCCCGGAGACAGUGGGAGUCCUGGAGUGCAGAGGACAAGAACAGCUUCUUCGAAGGACUUUACGACCAUGGGAAGGACUUUGAGGCGAUCCAGACGAACAUAGCUUUGAAGCAUAAGAAGAAGGGGAAGCCAGCCAGCAUGGUGAAGAACAAAGAACAAGUCCGACACUUCUACUACCGCACCUGGCACAAGAUUUCCAAGCACAUCGACUUCGCCAACGUGUACUCCCGUGUGCUGAAGAAGUCUUCUCAGGAGCUGUAUGGUCUCAUCUGCUACGCUGAACUCCGGAAGAAGGUUGGAGGAUUGAUGGACGAUAAGAACGUGGCCAAGCUUAACGAGCUCAUCCAACAGGGGGCCACCACGGUGCGUUCUAAAGGCAGGAACCUGCGCAUUAAAGCUCCCAUGUGCCGUGCGCUCAAGAGGCUAUGUGACCCAGAUGGAGUGAGUGAUGAAGAAGACCAGAAGCCUGUGCGUCUACCUCUGAAGGUUGCCGUGGAGCUGCAGCCGCGUAGCAACCACUCCUGGGCCCGUGUCCAGAGUCUUGCCCAUAAUCCCCGCCUCAGGAUGGUGGUGGAGCUGCAUAGGAAGGUGUCCAGCCUGAUUGAGUUCCUGAAACAGAAGUGGGCCGUCCAGGACCAGCGGAUCCUGAAGAGCCUGCAGGAGCGCGAGGCGUUAGGGGGAACCCAGCAGCACAGUGGUAACGGCAGCCCUGCUCUCCCCUGUAGAGCAGACAAGGAGGACCUGUUCCUAUACCCAGCUGAGACCAGCACCUUGACCCCCCUGCCCAGCGUAGCCCGUGUGGUCCACUCCAAGGCCUCCUGCACUGUCCACUGGCAGGAGAGUGGCAAGCCCCGGCCUGGCCCCAAGGAGCUGAUCCCCACCGCCCAGAUUCUGGGCAUCCAGGGAGCCCCGCUCCUCCUCCUCCCCCGUGGGGGCGUGGCCAAACCUGGACGUGGUGUUGGGGAUGCUCGACGUGUAGGGGGAGAGACCCCCAUAUCCACACCUGAAGGAGGAACGUUGGGAGGGGGAGCAGGGCCAGAGCACAAGAAUCUGAACCAGAUAACAUCUCCUGUACCUCCACUUCCUCCUUCUUCGUCUUCGCUGCUGUUGUCUAUGACUCAGAAACAGGAGGGUGGUGUAGCCGUGGGGCAGGUGGAACGGGAGAAGGGGCUGGGGGGAGGACUAGGGGUAGGGGAGGCCUUGGGGGCCAAGGGAGGAGAUGGGGACUCCAAUUCUCAGGACCAGGGGGGCAGUUCUUGCUCUGCAACUGUUCCGUACAGGUUUGAAGAGCGGACCACAGGGGUUAACGGCAGUGACAGUGCCUCUCCAGAGAGGAACUCCCUCCCCCUGUUGGACCCCCUGGUUCCCACCACACCUCCACCGGCACCGCGACAGGUGGAGGACGUCCCUCCAGACCAGGGGCAGGGUAGCGCAGCAGCCCCAGGAAAGGAAGAGUCUGGUGGGGUUGGUGGAGGAGGAGGCAGCACACCAACCCCGGUGUCCUGUGGUCGGUCGGCCCAGCGGAUCUGUGAUGAGGGCUGGAGCUCGCGGGGGUCAGACAGCAACGUGACUCUGGCAGAGCUGUACCUGAUGCUGGGGAAACCUGGGAAACUGCAGCUGGAGUACGAGUGGCAGCCGGCUGCUGUUGCAGUCCCGGAGCUGGGGGACGAGGGGCUACAGGGACCAGGGCAGACAUGCCCACAGCUACAGUCACCACACCCCCUGCCCCCGCCCUCCACCCACCGCGUCCUGCGCUGUCUGCUCCGGCUGGUGUCAUCAGAGGUCAACCCCAAACCUGCCCCAGAGCUGUGCUCCACAGCCACGUCUCCGGUAAAGCCAUCCCAGGAGGAACAGUCCCCCACCCCCCCAGGCAAGGCCACGGCUGUGGGGGUACGGAGCCCCAACUGUGGACGACCGCAGCCCCUGGGGGUCCGAGCGACAAAGCUGAUGUUACCAAACACUGGAUCCUCCGGUCGUAACCUCCCGCGGUCUCUGCUGGUGUCUGGGGGGGACUCAGAUGGUGGGGUGUUUGCCGUUCCCACCACCCUGCCCCCCAACAGCUCCCGACACUCCCGCAUGUUCUCUCCCAACAAGGAGGCCGAGCUCGCCUUCCGACAACAGCUCGACUCCAUCAGCAUGCAGUCAGACAUUUUCUUGCCGAAACAAAGGAAAAACAGAAGCCGGCCACUUCGAAAGCCCCUAGUGGUCCAGAGAACACUGCUCCCCCGCACCACUGGAGACACUCCUCAACACGUCUGCUCCUUCUCCAUCCUCUCCAACUCAUCUGCCACAGGAACAGGCUCCUUCCGGCCAAUCCAGCCCCGUCUCUCUCCCUCUACCCGUCCCCUCCUCCCCAGAACUCCGCCCAUUACCUCUGGCCCUGGGAUGUCCAGUCAGCUCUCCAGUGCCAUUGACCUGGCAGCCAAAUCAGCAGGCAUCAUCCCAGGCAGCCCCUGUCGAGAGCUGGAGGCCCCCAGUCCAGACGGAAGGCCCCUCCGGACCUCUCACCCUGGAGUGGUGUAUGCUGGUCCUGGUCCUCCCCAGCCACAGCUCCUCCAGCAGGCCUCCUCUGAGGUUUUGCUGCAGAACGGCCUCCCCCCUCCGUCUCCAGGAGUAGCAGGUGACUCGCUCCUCUCCCCGCCCAGCGUGGCUUCUCUGCUGGACAUCUCUCUCCCAGGACCCCCAGAGGAAGCCAUGGCUCCUGGAGGGCCACAAACACACAUCAGUGACUCAAUCAUUGAGCUGGCCAUCAACUCAGCACACUACGGUGAUGAGGCAUCCCUCUCUCCUGCCAAGCUGAAUGGUAGUGAGUGCUCUAAGCUCCUACCCUGUACCUCAGUCAGCCCCUCCAGAGGCUGGAUCCCUUCCCCCAGCCACGACCCUCAGUGGUACCCCAACGACUCCACUGACUCUUCAUUUGGCUGCCUGCUAUCGAGCCUGGUGUCCCCUGAUAAGGGAAGACGAAGUUCCCUGACCCCCUCCGGCCCCUCCAGUGGGACAGCCCUCCUCGGACCCAGGUUUCUGGACUGCAACUCCCAUGAUUCCUUUCAGUCCCGCGGCCUGCCAGACGUAGCGGAGGUAGACACCCAGCUGGCCUGCAUGAUGAGUGAGAGCAGCGUGGAUUACAUCGCCCGCUUCAACGAUUUGGCACAGGAGCUGGCUGUCACAGAGCCGCACCUCACACCCUCAUAAAUUUGAAAUAAUCUGGGGCAGGGUUUAGGAUCUGUCUGUCAGUUGCCCCUCCCACUCCUUCAGAAGUGCAAGGAUGUAGGGGGUGGAGAGACACUCCUUCACCUAUAUAGUUUGUGAAAGAAAGUGCAAUAACCAAGGCCAUUGGCCUGAACAGAAGAAGCGCUCAGAUCUACCUUGGCACAGUCCAACUGGAACAGGUUUAAACUCUUUCUGAUGGUUUCUAAUGGGUUCUGAAAUGGUUUCCUCUGGUUCUGAAGGCCUGUGGACCAGUUUUAACUGGUUCUGAUUGGUUUGGAAUCGAUUUCAACUGAUUCUGAUGGGUUCGGAAACAGUUUCAGAUAGUUCUGACUGAUUUCAACUGGUUCUUAUGGGUUCCAGCUGGCUUGUUUGUUUGGACCAUUCUGUCUGUUCUGCCUAGCGAGCCACCCGUUUACAAAACACAACCUCAUGUAAAGAAAAAAACAAUGCCAUAUAUGAACAAAAGACUGGGUCUGUCCUUGUCCUCUUGUCUCCCUCUUCCCUCUGAGAAAUAUCAAACCGAAGACAUUUGAAUGCAAAAUGUAAAUGUCAGACAAACUUAAAAAUAACUACUGAUGAACUUCUGAACUGCGUGUCCUUCUCCGUCUUGUCAGUUUAAUACGUCCACAUGAACUAACACCACUUAAUAAUUUAAUCUGUUGAAACUGAACAAGCCAUAUGAGUGGAACUGAUAUGAAUUUGUAUCCCAGGCCAAGCAUACGUGUGUCUCUCCCUCCAUAUCAAUGCAAAAAAGUUUGACACUCCACUUGAACAUCUACUCCAACUCACCCAGCAACAUAUCUGUGUUAGUCUCUGUUUUUUCUUCUCAACCAAUGCUUUGAAACUACCUAAAACCUCAUUUCAGUUUUCUGUAGCAAAAUGUUUUGUAACGUUGCGCCCUACUGAAUGCAACCCGUGUGUGCUUUUGUUUAACACCACAGCACUCUAUCCUAUGAUGCCUGGUUGGUUGUCAGUCGAGGGGUGUGUUUUAGAGGUCCCCAGCUGACUAAAGGAUCAAUCAUAUUAUGAGGGUUUUUAGACACAGAAAUAUGGUCACGCUCCAGGAUGACUAAAUUGGAGAUGUUGCAUCAACCAAUGUUUGUAUCAUCGACUAUGCAGUCCGGCAUCAGAUUACUACGCUCGAGUUCCUGCCUGACUACAUUGCAGCAAAUGUCAGAACUGAUGAAGCUUGUUUCCAGGACUAACUGUCCAAAAUGGCACCCUAUUUCCUAUAUAGUGCACUGCUUUUGACCAGAACCUAUAGGGCCAAGGUCAAAAGGAGUAUGCUAUGUAGGGAAUAGGUUGCCAAUUCGGACACACCCAAUGCCUAGAUGUCAGCUAAGGAUUUUGAUAUGAGUAAUCACAUUGACACAAUGUUCAAAUACUAAAUGUCCGAUUUUUAUUUAAUUUAACACACUAAAAGAAAUGUUCAAGCUACAAAUGUGGAUUAUGUCUAAAGACUUCUAUAGCGGGUGUCUUUUAAAUUGGGGCAUGGAGUCCUUUCUCUUUGUGUGUAAAUGUAAUCUUUAACAGUUCCAGUAUUCACUGCGCUUUUGUAACAUUAUACUGUAAAUUAUUCUUAUUUGGACUAUUUAUUGUAAACCGGUUGAGAAAUUUGUUUUAAAAUGAGCUAUAUGUAAUAUUUUUGCAUUGUAAUUUCAGACAAAUACCAUAAUAUAUCAGCAGUAAUAUUGGAGUGUUUAACCAUGUUUAAUAAAAAAAAAACGAUUUAAAAAUUGGGCCCAUACAAAAUUCGUCGUCAUUAGUUACUUUAGCCACAAUGUCAGAGUUAGUGUGAUAUUGUAUGUAUUCCGGUUUAUGGUUCGUGGGCAAUGACCAAUCAGAUGAGGUGGUGUGUGUGUGUAUGCCAACCGGCUUGCGGGGGAGACGAGAGCCAUGCAUUUCUUUUAUCUAGUGUUCCAUCAAUGAUUCGUUUUUUUUUUUUUUGCUAUAAUAAAACCAACUAAAUGCAAAAGGGUAAUCAGAUGUCUUAUUCAAAGUCCGCUUGCAAGCUUAUCAUUUUUUCCCUUACUCAUAGUUACUUUUCUUAAGCCAAAAUAGGUUUACUUCAAUAUCUGUAUUUUUAAAAUGGCAUGUAGACAAACAAAUUGAUAUCUUGAUUUUAGAUUUGUUUUAGCCACUUAACAUAGCCUUGCAGUCCACCUUUUUGGUAUUUUGUACCAGUUUCCAUUUGUACAAAGGCAUAGAAUAUGCCAAAACACUUUCAUAAUUAUAAUUCGACUUACAUGGCACAUUUCUAGACACCCAAAGCUCUUUACAGUGUAAGGGGUACGGCGGAGCUCAGGUCCUCACUAGUAUAUACAAUCUUAUGUUAUACGAGGGAAAUUGUAUUUAUGUAGCUAGGGCUGAUGGUGAGGACUUGUGAAGAGCAGAAUCAACAACCUCUGCAUAAUCAUAACAUUUGCUUCGUGAGAAGGUGUUAAGUUCACAGUUAGCUAUUAUGUGAAUCUAAAAAGUACAAGUGGCCUGGCUUUGGCCCUAAGUGAGAGCAGGUCCGCCGGAGCCAUGGCCCAGUGAGACAGAUGCCGGUCUGCAUAGUUGAAAACAGAAAAAUCUGAGCCUUUUGGGGGAAAUGCUGUAUGGAAAUGUGCAAUUACAUACUCAAUUACAAAAAUAAUAGUAAUUAUUAGCCCAUCCAGGUUCUUCAGAGGACAAAAGUUAAUUAGUUUUACAUGUGGUUUUUAGAUAUCAAAUCUUAUUGGUCACAUACACAUGGUUAGCAGAUGUUAUUGCGAGUGUAGCAAAAUGCUUAUGCUUCUAAUUCCGACAGUGCAAUAAUAUAUAACAAUCUAACAAAUUCACAAUGACUACCUUAUACACCCAAAUGUAAA